GGAAGGUUUGGGACUCUCUGAUGACGUAAAUGCAACGCGUCACGGUUAUGUUUCUAGCUAGUUUUCGUAAACAAAAAAAAUAUUCGAAAGGAUUAAGCGAAACCAUUGAAGUGAAUAUAUAUCGAUGAUAAAGAAAACUGUAUCUAUAAUGUUGAGUAUUAAUGUUAGCUACAGUGUUAUGCCAUCCACCCCAUCAUUAGCUAGCUAGAUUAACUAUAUGCUAGCUAACUUGCAGGCUAAUGUGAAGGCUAGCUAGCUCGUUUUUAACAAAAAUCUUCGCGUUCUCUCAAAAAAGUUUGAUAUUGAAGGAAGAUUCAUAUUAAACGACAGGGAGUAGUGUUCUCCGUUUAAAAUGUUUACAUGUUUGAUAUCCGUUAUUAAAUAUGAAAAGAAGGACCGCGACGGACUAACCACGAAUGAAGGAAUGUAGCUAGCUAGCUAACGUUAGCUGGCUGGCGCUAGUAGGUGAGCUGUAGGUUGAUUUGUUAACCAGCAAGCUAUAGUGGUGUCAAGUUGAAGGACUCCACUGUCCGGUGCAUUUUGAGUAGUCUGUUCCCCCGAAGAUCGCAUCGAGCUAACGUCAGCAUCAUCUCUCGAUUUGCGGUCAAAUGUAACUUUGACAAUGAUGCUGAAGAUUCUCCACGUCCUUUCUACGCUAGGCUGUGCUCUUGUUACUUGGAAUGGAGUCAAUGCAGACGGUGAAUCGCUCAAAAUGAUACACUCUGCAGAUGGCGUGUCGUUCAUCCGGCUAGUCAAUGGGGACAGUGAGUGUUCGGGGCGUGUGGAGGUACUCCAGAGGAACCAGUGGGGGACGGUGUGUGACCACGGCUGGGACCUGAGGGAGGCUGACGUGGUGUGCCUGGAGCUGGGCUGUGGGCUGGCCGAGAACGCUCUCCGUGGAGCUGCGUUUGGCAGGGGCACCGGAAAGAUCUGGCUGAGGAACGUCCAGUGCUCUGGCCACGAGGCGAGCCUGACGCGAUGUCCCAGGGUCCUCCACAGUUACCUCACCUGCACUCAUGAUAAUGACGCUGGGGUCAAAUGCUCAGGUACACUGUUGACGCCCACCCUGUCCCUGCUCUCCCCUCACACUGUCUUCUCUGCCGGGGAGACGGUUCGCUUCGGCUGUACUGUGCUACUGGGCCACCACCUGAAUGACUUCCACCUGUAUAAGAGGGGCAUAGCCACCCCGUUGGUGACUCAGAGGGUGGACUCUGCCCAGACCAGGGUGGAGCUGACUCUGUCAGACCUGGAGACGACCCACCAGGGCAGCUACAGCUGUCUGUACAGGAUCAAGGGCAGCUCUCCCUCCUCCCUGCUCAGCUCUCCACCCAGCAACUCUAUCAACAUCACUGUGGUGGAGCUGCACACCCCUCAGCACUGGUACAACACGUCCAUCGAGGCUCCCACAGGCUCUGUCAUCAAAGGCCACAGCUUCACCAUCACCUGCUCCGCCGAGCAGCAGUACCCUGGAGGGUCUUUCCAGCUGCGUCUGAUCCGUUCCAACGGCACGGUGCGCCAGUCGCUGCCCGCCCUCUCUCCCUCCGUCACCUUCACCUUCUCAAACGCACAGCGCUCCAACGAGGGCUACUAUUACUGCCUCUACAGGGUCCAGCUGGGCAGGAGAACCUUCGUGUCCCGGGAGAGCCAACCGCUCCCCAUCUCCAUCAGAGACCCAGACCCAGUGUUGAGCCCUAUGGUGAUCAGCUGGCUGGCGUCUGCUCUGACCUUCCUCGUGGCUGUCCUCAUCAUCAUCAUCAUCGUUGUUGCCAGAGUGCUCUGCAAGAGACAGAAGAAACCCUCGGAGCUAGAGAGAGAGACCAGAACCUGUGUGGACAACACAUACGUUGCCUUAGCAAUAAAAUUGUGAGAUGGGAAGAUGGUGUAUAUUUGGAGGAGGACCAUUAAGAUGGAACCCUCGACGCAGACAUUCCUGAGCUGACAACCUUCCUCAGGGAUGGGUCGGGAGCACAGACAUUCCUGAGCUGACAACCUUCCUCAGGGAUGGGUCGGGAGCACAGACAUUCCUGAGCUGACAACCUUCCUCAGGGAUGGUUCGGGAGCACAGACAUUCCUGAGCUGACAACCUUCCUCAGGGAUGGAUCGGGAGCACAGACUUUCCUGAGCUGACAACCUUCCUCAGGGAUGGGUCGGGAGCACAGACAUUCCUGAGCUGACAACCUUCCUCAGGGAUGGGUCGGGAGCACAGACAGAGAUGGAGACGACACAAGACAAGUACCAAAGCACUAUACAGGAGCCAGAGACACGACAUGCCUCAGUCUCUCACCAGCUACUAGAACCUGGUAGAAUCCUGCAUUAGAACAUGACAACAGCACUUGUAGGUAGAAUAAUUGUUAAGCCAUCAUCUACAUACCAGGCACACUGUAAUAAACACUACAAUCAACUAUAAAAGGACUGACCCUUUUGGACACGUUGGCCUCUCUGGACCAGUUCUUAUGCCAAGAUCAGUUACAACUGACAAUUAUGGACAUGAAAUAGAGCAGUGUGUUCCAAUGAUUGAAAGUGUUUAAAGAUCCAAUGCAGCUGUUUUUUUUUUUUUAUCUCUAUAUCAAAUAAUUUCUGGGAAACAAUUAAGUUACCUUACUGGGAUUGAUUUCAAAUAAAAUGGUCAAAAAGAAACAAAAAUAGCUUCUUGGCAAAGAACAAUUUCUCAAGCAAUAAUUUUGCU